UGGAAAAGACCCUGAGCCCUGUAGGUCCUCUGACCCCCCAGGCCCCGGAACAGGGACACCCAAUCAAUGCCUCCCACGCAGGCCGGGGAGCCCACAGCCAAGCCAGCUCUCCUGUCACGUCUCUGGGACAGAAAGUACUGAAAAAUUCACAUGGCAUGAGAGGAUGACAGACUCAGGAGGGCCCCCGAGGCGCCCGCUUUGUUUCUUGUCUACGUUGCUUUCCCAGAAAGUUCCUGAGAAGUCAGACACUGUGCUUCGCUGCAUAAUAUCUGGUCAGCCCAAGCCAGAGGUAACUUGGUAUAAAAACGGUCAAACCAUAGAGGAGGGCAGCAUUGCUUCCAGUUACGAAUUCUUCGAGAAUCAGUAUGUUCAUGUGUUACAUCUCUAUGGCUGCACCCAAAACGACACUGCCGUUUACCAGAUUUCUGCUAAGAACUGUUUUGGGAUGAUCUGCUGUUCUGCUUCCAUUGAAGUCGAGUGCUCGUCAGAGAACACACAACUUGCUCCUAACCUGAAGGAGGAUGGGGCCACAGGCUGGAACCGUGACACACAGACCUCUGAGCAGAAAAGCACAAAUCAAGUGGACGAGAAAGAGCCUCCUUCUAAGGAAGAAGAGAGUCUCUCCUUGGGGACUCCCAUGUCAGCUGAUUCCUCCUCCUCCAAAUUUAACCCUUUGCCCUCACUCCAGUUACUGGUCAGCAAUGACAGGAGCUCAUCCAGUUCUGAGAAUUCCUUGGAUGCUAAAGGAACAAGGCAAACUGAAGAGGCUUGUGAUCUGAACAGCACAGAGGAAAUUGCAGAUGGGUUGCUUUUUCCUAAUUCAAGCCAUAUUCCCUAUAAACAGGAUGUGUGUUGCCCCGGGACAGUGCUGUCCGAAUUAUCAAAGUUAACGGACGGUGCGUUAAACAAUGAUGAAGCCUUAAAGUUAACGGACGGUAAGUUAAACAAUGAUGAAAACUUACACUCUAGUCAUCAAAAUCCCAAAGCACAGCAAUACAUUAGUGUCAGUCUCCCCCCGUCGGAGGCAGCCACACCCGUUUACCCAGGUGACAGGGCGCCUGUCAACGAGCAAAUCGGCUCAGAGGUUUCCAGCGACGACUCUGACAGUGACUAUGAACUUUGCCCAGAGAUAACCCUGACCUGCACCGAGGAGUUUUCAGAUGAUGACCUGGAGUAUCUGGAAUGUUCCGAUGUUAUGACGGACUACUCUAAUGCAGUUUGGCAAAGGAACCUGGAGGGGACGGAGCAUGUUUUUUUAUUAGAAAGCGAUGACGAAGAGAUGGAAUUCCGCAAGUACGGCCUGGGGGAGCAUGAGCCUUUGCUCAGUGAAAUGGGUUGUGGGCCUCGGGUGUCAGAUGACACCGGACCGAUGGAGGCCGGCGCUGGCUUCUCUGGUGAUCACUCACAAUCCCAAGAAGCGAGGGUAAGGCGUCGCCGAGCCUCCACCCACAGUCCCCCAUGCCCACAAACAGGGAUGACUCUGACUUUGGGAUCUCACCAGGAUGGGACGUCUGCGGUGACAGACCAGGGGAGAUAUAAACGACCCGCUGCUUCUGCUGAAAAUGAUUAUCCAGGAAUUCAGGGAGAAACCAGAGACAGCCACCCGGCAGGAGGGGAAUUCGCCAGUGACAGUCCACUAACCGUGGAGGAAGCAGGGACAGAGAGAGAGGUGCAGUGCUUGUCUGGUGAGUUAGAAACGUCAGGGAUGAGCCAGUGUUUGGAGAUGGUGGCCGAGGAAAGAGCAGGGGACACGGACUCAUGGAGCAAGAGGAGCUCAGAGAAACCUGGCAGGGUGAGGCGACCAGGAAUGAAGGGAAAACCCAAGAGGCUGAAGCCCACCCCGAAAGACAGUGCUACGGACGACACCCUUGGUGGCUUCCAUCCCGCUGAACCUGCUAGGCACCCACUAACGCAGGGUGAGAGGAAGGAGAGCUCUCCUGCCGCAGCAGAAGCUCCUGAUCGGAACUCCCAGUUCUGUCCAGAAGGUGCUGUUCUGACCCAAGCAGAGCAAGAGGCAGAAAUGCUGCCCACUCCACCAGGCGCCCUCCCCCAGCAAGGGGGCUUGGACUGGGAGGGAGAAGGGGUGCAGGUUAACAGCCUCCUUGAAACAAGCCGGGCUCCAGACCAGAGUGACCAUCCUCAGGUGCAAAUUCAGGAAGCAGCCGGCAAGAGACUCUCUCCCAGCCGGACGCCAGCUUUCUCAGAGCCUGCGUGGGAGGAGUCUGCAUCGACUGGGACCACGGCAGAUUCCGUCCUCAACUCCAGAAGUACCGAUGAUGAAAAUGCAUCAUUGAUCCAAUACCUGGAGAGAGAAAGCUGUACUCAAAGCCCACAGCAUGAAGAAAACCAAGACAGAGAAGACAACACACCUGGGUGUUCCUGGGGAGACCCAGGACAUGGGCCGAGCCUCCCAGAAGCCAACCAUGGAACUCUGCUCCCGUGUGAGCUGUCAGUGUGUCUCUCCCCGGAGGGUGGUGGUGACCCCAGGGAGACUGAGGCUCUCUCUGUUGCUUCCCCUGCACCCGCAAAUACUGUCCCCACCCUGGAAACUGUGUGCCAUGGGCCAAGGGGCAGAGAAACAGAGUGUUUGAUGGAGUGUCUUGAAGCAGGUGACCAAGGAACGCAUGGCACCAUGGAUUCUCCUGUUGGAGCCCCAGUUCAUAAUUAUUUGCCUCAAGAAAUUUGCUCCAUGGACUUAGAGCUGGCAGAAGGUCAAAGCGAAGAGUCUGAUUUAUGUUUUCCUGAUGCCAAGACACUGGAUGUUGUUUUUCAAACACGAGGUUCUGAGCCCCCACAAUCAGCAGGCCAAAGCAGCAAGGACAGAAACUCAGGUGCGCUUCCUCCACCUAGCAAUGCCCUCACCUGGGACAUCUCACAAAAGGCCAGUGAAGGUGCCACGGGGGAAUGGCUAGCCACGGUGGAGAAUUCCCCCUCCACGCUGGCCUCCACAGGGCAGGGCAGGCCGAGCCCCAGCAUCUCAGGGGGGCUUGAGGAAAGAACAUCACUGUCUUCUGAGAAUUCUUCGGUGUGGGGGGAAGAAGGUGUUGACACUCCCAGAACCCAAGCCCUGGACCCCACAGCCACACCAACCAGCCACAGUUCAAUUGUGAAGUUUCCUCAGGAGGAGCCUGCAACAUUAACUGCUAACCUUGAGUGUCCUCAGGGGGCCAGGGAGAGUGGGGACACCCCAACUGGUACCAUUGCCACCAAAGCCCACCCAGCUGAAUACCUCCCUGUUUCAAUUGCUGAGAACAGCCGCACAGAUAGCCCUGAGGAGAGCUCACCUCAGACCCCAGAUGAAAAUAUUUUUCAACAUCUUUCCAAUGUACAGCCGAGUCAUAUUUUAAAUGGCUCCACCCCUGAGUCUGCGGAAGAGCUUUGCACGGCUCCCGGGGGCCCAGGGGUCUGCGUCUGUGCCCCGCCGCUCCCAGAGGGCGGGUUUUGUUACAAUUCCCCUCUUCAGAUCAAUAGGCAGGCUGGAGAUGGGAGCCAGACCAUGGACCGAGUGGACAACAGGGGCCUGGAAGAGAAGUUUCAGGAAGAAGGAAGUGAAACAACACAGGGGCUCCAGCAGGAGAGUCUGCCCCACCAGGCUCCUCUUUCUGAAGAAAAUGCCCGGGACAGUUGGCCUCCGCCACCUGCUGUCCAAGGGGAGACGGUCCCGGCACCUUUGGACCACCCGGCAGCAAGCUCCAGGGAGGAAAGGAGGCCAAGCUCUGGCCUGGGGACCAGUGUGUCCAUGGUGACCGAAGCUACUGUGGACGAUGACAGUCAAACUGUGAGCAGUGUUUCGCCUCUCCCCAACAUCCUCCUGGAGGGGCCCACAGGACCAGGACAUGGGGAGGCAGGCAUCAAGCCCACGACGAUGACUCUAGAGGCUUCCGCUUCAGAGGUCUGGCCCCCAGCACGGCCGGCAGGUUCUGAGUGCAAGGAGUCAGCAGCUGGUGCCGAGACUCCUGAUGAGGCCUGGGCUGUAGCUGACACGCUGCAGGCAGGUGCCGCUUGGCCGGAGCCGGGCCCCGCUGAGCCUGCCGCAUCGAGGGGUGGGCCCCAGGCUGAGUCUGGCUCAGCCCUGGCUGAUAACAGAGAAACGCAUGAAGGUCAAAAGCCAGCCAGGCGUAACUACUGGAGCUGUCUUUCUGCCCGGUAUUUGAGCCAACGCCGGCUCCUGGAGUCAUCCGUGGACCCUGUGGAUGAAGAGGAAUUACGUGUCAUGGAAUCGCCCCCCAAGUCUUCCACAAUGGGAGGGCAGGAAACUGUUAGCAAUGUGAGUCAAAACCAACAGGAAAAGCAGCUGGGCGUGGCUCUCCCUGCCUUCUUUAAACCAUUUCUUACCUGCCCUAAAAUCCUAGAGUCCUCUGUAGAUCCCAUUGAUGAAAUGGGUGUGGUGGAGUGGGCCCGGGGGGAAGCUCCGGAGCCUUCUGAAUCCGCAAAGGGGCUCAUCAGAGAGGAGAGUGAACCGCAGGAUGGAAACUCGGACCAGAGAGCAGAAGUCAAGCCUGCCAUCUCGCCAGUCCCGGGCCCCCAGCCGGGUGGGGAAACCAUUCCCAGGAAGAACAGCACCAACCAAAACCAAGAAGCCAGUGAGAGAGGGGAAGCUGAGCAAAGUCAGCGUGACAAAGCCACAGCGGGAGUCCGACCUGCCACUUUGCUAGUACUGCAUCCCGGUGAAGGUGGGGAGAGAGCUGCCAGCGGAUGCAGCGGAAACCAGGAACAAGAAGGCUGCGAGGGGAGCCCAGGGAAGGCUGAACAAAGUAAAAACAGAGGAGCAGAUUUUGUUUUCCCCUCUUUACUUCUUUCCAGCGGUCUUGCAGCCAUGACUCAGUCACCUGUUGGAGUGGCCACUCACGAUGCCACAGGGCAAGUUCAUGACCUUCCCACGAACCAUUUAGUGGAGCCCAGAAACUGUCAGCAAGCAUUUUCUGCCUCAGAGGAAAGGGGAGAGUUAGAGAGUGAGCGUGGGAAACAUUCGCCCUCUCCUAGUGGUCUUACGCAGCUGCCUUGUACUUCAUCUCCUGAAGGAAACAGCACAAACUUUCCAAUAAGCCACAAGAUUGAGGAACCUGAAAAAGAGAUGCCCCAAAGUGGGGAAACCAAAACCGCAAGUGCACCCAGCUCCCCUGCAGUGACUUUGGUGUUCACUUCAGGAGAACGUGCGUCAGAGGCAGCUCCUAAGACACCGCAGGACUCAGGCCGACUGGGCCCUACCAGGGGCCCUGGGAGAAAGACGGGGGAGGAGAGGUCCCGUCCCACAGCCGCCCAGAUGGGCCGAUCCCCAGCAGCUGCGUCAGAGGAGGGCAAGAAGCGGCAAGAACCUGCAGGAAGUGGGCAUUUAGCCGAGGGAAUGAAGAAGAAAAUUCUGUCCAAAGUGGCCGCCCUGAGGCUGAGAUUGGAAGAAAGGGAGAACGCCCGAAAGAACUCGAGUUUUCCUAAAAAGAUUCCUAAACUUGAAACGUCGGUGUCAUGCACCAACGAGCAAAAAGACCCAAAACAGCCACCUUGCAAAAGAGAAGGAAAAGCUCCGGUAUUACUGAAAAAGAUCCAAGCUGAGAUGUUUCCCGAACACUCUGGAAAUGUAAGACUAAGCUGCCAGUUUGCGGAAAUUCAUGAAGAUUCUACUAUCUGGUGGACAAAAGAUUCAAAACCAAUAGCCCAAAUGCAGAGAAGCGCAGGAGACCACUCCGUUGUGUCCUUGGCCGUCGUUCAAGCCAGUCAGAAGGACCAGGGCCGCUAUGAUUGCUGCGUCAAGAACAGUUAUGGAAAAGUGACCACUGAAUUUAACCUCACCCCUGAAGUUCUCAAACAACUUUCCAGUCACCAGGAUAUUAAAGGAUGUGAAGAGAUUGAGUUCAGCCAGCUUAUCUUCAAGGAAGACUUCCUCCGUGACCGCUACUUCGGGGACCGCCUACGAGGCCAGAUCGCCACGGAGGAGCUGCACUUUGGAGAAGGCGUCCACCGCAAAGCCUUCCGCAGCAAAGUCAUGCAGGGCCUCCUGCCUGUCUUCCAGCCUGGCCACGCCUGUGUGCUCAAGGUGCACAAUGCCGUGGCCUAUGGGACCAGAAACAACGAUGAGCUCAUCCAGAGGAACUACAAACUCGCUGCCCAGGAAUGCUACGUUCAGAACACUGCCAGAUACUAUGCUAAGAUCUACGCUGCCGAAGCUCAGCCUCUGGAAGGCUUCGGGGAAGUGCCAGAGAUCAUUCCUAUUUUUCUUAUCCAUCGACCUGAGAACAACAUCCCAUACGCCACGGUGGAGGAGGAGCUGAUGGGAGAGUUUGUGAAGUAUUCCAUCAGGGAUGGGAAGGAAAUCAACUUCUUGAGAAGAGACUCGGAGGCUGGUCAGAAGUGCUGCACCUUCCAGCACUGGGUGUACCAGAAAACGGGGGGCUGCCUCCUGGUCACCGACAUGCAGGGUGUGGGAAUGAAGCUGACCGACGUGGGCAUAGCAACACUGGCUAAAGGGUACAAAGGAUUCAAAGGCAACUGUUCCAUGACCUUCAUUGAUCAGUUUAAAGCGCUACACCAGUGUAACAAGUACUGUAAAAUGCUGGGGCUGAAAUCGCUGCAAAACAACAACCAGAAACAGAAGAAGCCAAGCGUCAUGAAAAACAAAAGUCAGCCGAACUCCACGACAGGGAAGAAGACAGCGUCUGGGAUCCCAGGAGAAAAGAAAACCUAGCGUCCCAUGGGAAUCAGCAGGCACCUCCUAGCAGCACACUGCCGUGUGGGUGGACAUCUCACAAGACCCGGGGGGAGCACGGAGCCUGCAGAGAGGGCGGUGACAAUCGCGUUCCCUGCUGCCUCUGGAGCCGUCACCCGCCGUCUCCGCUGAAGCGAUCUGGAGCAGGGUUUGUGACCGGACUUAGGGAGAGACUGAGUCAAUUGUGGUCUCAAGGACCGUCUGUCUUUGUAUGUACCUGUAGCAUUUUUACCGACCUCGUGUUACGUGUCGAUUUGUGUAUUUGCACGUGGCUGUGUUGUCCAGGACUUGGUGCUGAGCAGGGUCUGUUCACAGCCCAAAUCCUCCCCACUCCCAUUCCUAACCUCGAGAUUUCUAGGCGCUUCCAGCUGCUCUGUAAACAGAAGAUAUGAAUUCCUUUAUCAGGUCAAUUUGUCACACUAGUGUCAAAUAUGCUAUUGUGGCUGGAGGUGGCUUUUUGAAACAUGAGGCCAUUUCCUAACAUUAUUCACACAUCCAGUUUUAAUGUUCUGUUUCAUUAAAUUCAUAUUUAAACAAAAA